UGUGGAAACCCUUCAGCCAGAGCUGGCUGCUCCUUUGGGCAGCAGCACUGCAGCACUCGCAUUCAAUUCCACACUCGGGACAAGCAUGCAAGCUUCCUUUUUCACAGAAAAGGCAGGAGAUCCCAUUCCCUUUGCCUGCAGAUUUUUUAGAACACUUAGGGAAAUUUAAAAUGCUUUUUAAUGUUCAAAUACAUGAAAUAGAGUUCUUUAUUCUGAAGCAGUAGGUAACACUGUCUUUUUUUCUUUGAUUUGUGUGUGUUGUUUUUCCGUUUUUUUUUUUAAUAGAAUAUUCAAAUAAAAACUUUGGCAGAUGAUGUGGUAAGGUCUUUGUAGCAUCUUAAUUUGCAAUGCGUGACAGAAUCACAAGCUUCAGAAAGUCAGCAGUGAAAAAAGAGAAGCCUCUCAUUCAGCAUCCCAUUGACUCCCAGCCUUCCAUCAGUGAGAUCCCACAUGCCCAGGCCCUCGUUGAUGAGCGCUGCAUGAACUUAUCAGAAAAAGAAGUUAUGGAUCUCUUUGAAAAAAUGAUGGAGGACAUGAACCUGAACGAGGACCGUAAAGCUCCUUUAAGGGACAAAGACCUGAGCACCAAACGGGAGAUGGUUGUCCAGUACAUUUCUGCAACUGCCAAAUCUAUAGUCGGAAGUAAAGUUCCGGGUGGACUCAAAAACAGCAAGCAUGAAUGUACCCUGUCCUCACAAGAAUAUAUCCAUGAACUGAGAUCUGGAAUUUCAGAUGAAAAACUUCUUAAUUGCCUGGAGUCUCUGAGAGUGUCUCUAACCAGCAACCCAGUGAGCUGGGUUAACAAUUUUGGACAUGAAGGUCUUGGACUUCUGUUGGAUGCAUUGGAGAAGCUUCUGGACAAGAAACAGCAAGAAAGUAUUGAUAAGAAGAAUCAACAUAAACUUAUCCAGUGCCUCAAAGCAUUUAUGAACAAUAAAUAUGGUUUGCAAAGGAUUCUAGGAGAUGAAAGAAGUCUCUUGCUGCUGUCAAGAGCAAUCGAUCCAAAGCAACCACACAUGAUGACUGAGACAGUGAAAAUCCUUUCUGCCAUCUGCAUUGUUGGAGAGGAAAACAUUCUGGACAAGCUUUUAGGUGCUAUAACAACUGCUGCUGAAAGGCACAGCAGGGAGGAACGUUUCUCUCAGAUUGUUGAAGGCCUGGAGAACCACGAGUUCAUCCAGCUGCAGGUAGCAUGUAUGCAGCUCAUCAAUGCCCUUGUUACAUCUCCUGAAGACCUUGAUUUCAGGAUACACUUGAGAAAUGAGUUUUUACGUUGUGGCCUGAAGAAAAUACUGCCUGCCUUGAAAGAUAAGGAAAAUGAUGAGCUUGAUAUUCAGCUGAGGGUGUUUGAUGAGAACAAAGAUGAAGACCACUUUGAGCUGUCACAUCGUCUCAAUGAUAUCAAAGCUGAAAUGGAUGAUGUGAGCGAAGUAUUUCAUCUGCUGUACAAUAUGGUGAAAGAUACUUCUUCUGAAAAUUACUUCUUGUCAAUCCUCCAACAUUUCCUUCUGAUCAGGAACGAUUAUUAUGUCCGACCUCAGUAUUACAAGAUCAUAGAGGAAUGUGUGUCACAGAUCGUGCUGCACUGCAGUGGAAUGGACCCAGAUUUUAAAUACAGAGGAAGGAUGGACAUUAACUUUACACAUCUUGUUGAUGCAUGUGUGGACAAAGCUAAGGUAGAAGAGAGUGAAAAGAAAGCAGCAGAAUUUUCCAGAAAGUUUGAUGAAGAGUUCACAGCUCGACAAGAGGCACAGGCAGAGCUGCAGAAACGAGAAGAGAAAAUCAAAGAACUCGAAUCAGAAGUGAAACAGCUCCGGACCCAGGGUCCAAGCCUGACAGAAGUCUCAGCAGUACCUCCAGCCCUCCCAAGUGAGAACGUCCCUCCAUCUCCAGCACCUUCACUCCCUGGAGCCAUUCCUCCUCCUCCUCCCCUCCCUGGUGCAGGAAUAAUUCCUCCUCCUCCUCCCCUGCCUGGUGCAUCAACAAUUCCCCCACCACCUCCCCUGCCUGGUGCAUCAAUAAUUCCUCCUCCCCUACCUGGUUCAUCAACGAUUCCCCCACCACCUCCCCUACCUGGUUCAUCAACAAUUCCCCCACCACCUCCCCUACCUGGUUCAUCAACAAUUCCCCCACCUCCUCCCCUGCCAUCUGUAGGAUCGGUGAUUCCUCCCCCCCCUCCACUCCCUGGUUCCUCAGUUCCCCCACCAGCUCCUCCUCUGCCUGGUGCACCCAUCCCAGCCCCCCCUCCUCUGCCCGGUGUGCCCCCAGCACCUCCUCUGCCAGGUGGGGGAUCAGGGCCUCCCCCUCCUCCUCCUCUGCCUGGGGGAGCCAUCCCUCCACCCCCACCUUUGGGGGGGCCCCCGAUGCCUCCCCCUCUGGGGGGGGUUCCCUUUGCUCCCUUCCCCGUGGUGCCAGCAUUGCCUCAUGGCAUGAAGGAGAAGAAGAAGUACAAGCUGGAGGUCUCAAUGAAGAGAAUCAACUGGUCCAAGAUCGAGCCCCAAGAAAUAGGAGAAAACAGCUUUUGGGUAAAAGCUGAAGAAGAUAAAUUCGAAGACCCUGAGCUGUUUGCAAAAUUGGCACUUACCUUUGGAACCCAAAUGAAAGCCAAAAAGCCUGUAGAAGAAUCAGAAGAAAAGAAAGCAGCUCAGUCCAAGAAGAAGAUCAAAGAAUUAAGAGUUUUGGAUGGAAAAUCUGCACAAAAUUUAUCAAUAUUUUUGGGUUCCUUCCGUUUGCCUUAUGAAGAAAUAAAAAAUAUCAUUUUAGAGGUGGAUGAGGAGAAGCUGAGUGAAUCCUUGAUUCAGAACCUGGUGAAGAAUCUUCCUGAGCAGAAAGAACUCAAUGCCUUAGCUGAAUUAAAGGAUGAAUACAAUGAUCUCGCUGAGCCAGAGCAAUUUGGAGUUGUGAUGAGCUCGGUGAAGAUGCUGCGGGCGCGGCUCAAUGGGAUCCUGUUCCGGCUCAUGUUCGAGGAGCACGUGAACAACAUCAAACCCGACAUCAUGGCAGUGACCCUGGCCUGUGAGGAGCUCAAGAAGAGUGAGAGCUUCAGCAAACUCCUGGAGCUGGUGCUCUUCCUGGGCAACUACAUGAACUCUGGCUCCAGAAACGCCCAAUCUCUCGGCUUCAACAUCAGCUUCCUCUGCAAGAUUCGAGAUACGAAAUCAUCAGAUCAGAAAACCACCCUGUUGCAUUUCCUGGCAGAAAUCUGUGAGGAGAAUUACAAGGACAUCUUAAAAUUCCCGGAUGAAUUGCAGCACGUUGAGAGUGCAAGCAAAGUUUCAGCCCAGACUCUGAAGAGCAACCUUGACUCCAUGAACCAGCAGAUCCAACGCCUGGAGAGGGACAUUGAGAAUUUCCCUAAAAGCCAGGAUGAGCACGAUAAGUUUGUGGAGAAGAUGAGCAGCUUUGCUGAGAGUGCCCGGGAGCAAUAUGAAAAACUGUCCAACAUGCACAGCAACAUGACAAAAUUGUAUGAAAAUUUGGGAGAAUAUUUCACCUUUGAUCCCAAAGCAAUAAGCAUAGAAGAAUUCUUUGGUGAUCUGAGCAACUUCAGAACUCUGUUUUUGGAGGCAUUAAAAGAAAACAACAAAAGAAGAGAAUUGGAGGAGAAAACCAAGAGAGCCAAGCUGGCCAAGGAGAAGGCUGAGAGGGAGAGGCUGGAGAGGCAGAAGAAGAAGCAGCAGUUGAUUGAUAUGAACAAAGAGGGUGACGAGACAGGAGUGAUGGACAGCCUGCUGGAGGCCCUGCAGUCGGGAGCGGCGUUCAGAGACCGCCGGAAACGAACGCCGCGACCGCAGGAUAACAAACGAGUAACUUUGGAAAGGUCUCGUUCUCGACACAACGGAGCAAUUGCAGCUGUAUGAUUCUUCUGAUGCCAAAGAAUUAAUGAAUUGUUUUAUUUACAAUGAAAUGGAUGUGCUUUGGGAAGAGUUUCUCAUCCAAAUUGGCAAUGAUCAUAAAGGAAUGCUGGUAUUGAAUAAAUGAGAUGGUGUAAAAAUAUGUCAUUUUAAAGCUGUUGCUAAAAACAUCCACAUACUGUAUCUUAUUUCCCCAACUACCAAGAUCUGUAAACAGUGUUAAACAGUAGGGUAUAUAAUCUUAUUUUCUUAUGUUCCUUCUUUUUUUUUUUCCACCCCUUUUGUUUAAGCUGGCAACUCACAUGAAAGGAGUUGGGGAUUUCUAGGUUAUGUUUUAUAUGGGUAAGAAAAUACAGUUUUGUUGAAAGAGUACAGCUGUGGAUUCCAUUUGCAGUCCUGAUUUGAACAUGAAAGGAAAAAUAAUAAAAUUGUAUGUUAAUAAAUUCAGAGAUGAGCUGGUCUA